AUCCAAAACUGCCUAGAGAACCACAAAACCUGCAAUCGAAACCCCCAAGAGAACUCAUCGUUUCUACCAACACGCCUAGUCGACGUCCAAUGCCCAUCCUCCAUCCGUCUCCUCAACUCAAGUGCAAUUGUCGACCCCGAUCGAAGAUAUGUAGCCCUCAGCUACUGCUGGAGCGACUCGAUGCCCGAAAGCGGGCGAACGACGCUCUCCUCUCUUGCAGUCCACCAACAUGAAAUCAAUGCCAAGAAGCUUCCGAAGACUCUUCAAGAAGCUCUCGAGGUCACUCGCUCUCUCUCAAUAAGAUAUAUCUGGAUAGACGCCCUCUGCAUCAUCCAAGAUGACGAAAUCGACCGGGAACGUGAAAUAGAGACCAUGGCGCAGGUAUAUUCCUGCGCAACACUAACCAUCGCUGCUGGCGUCUCGUCCCACUGCGACGGUGGCUUCCUCGUGACGAAACGUUCUCCUUCCCGGAUUCUCUCUAUGUGGUUCGGAAGCUGGCCGGAGGAGCUCACGAGGCUCCUCCUGACCGUCAGUCCGGCUUGGACGGGUCCUUUGUUCUCAAACCCUCUUUUCAAGCGGGGCUGGACACUUCAAGAACGCGAACUUUCUGUCCGCGUACUUCACUUUACGAGCACAAACGUGAUCUUCGAAUGUAGAGAAGCUGUCAACCGGUACGAGCCAGGUGAUUGGCGACACCGAAUGCUCGACUUCGAAGACAGCCGCAAGAGUCCCUGGCGUGGGAGGUCCAUGAAGCGGAUCGCCAUCGCGGACUGGCAUGUUAUUUGGUGGCGGACCGUUAGAGAUUAUUCAAGGAGACGGUUCACAGAUCCGAGUGAUAUGUUACCUGCAAUAGCUGGAUUGGCAGAUGUGAUAGAGAAAAGACUGGGCUGGAGCUACAGGGCAGGUUUGUGGAUGGAAAAUUUGGCGUUUGACUUACUUUGGCAAGUUGUCAGAGAUGCACGGGUAACUGAGGUGGUGGAUGCGUAUGUAGCUCCGUCAUGGUCUUGGGCUUCU